AUGGCUGCCUCGGCUCUGUUCUCCACCCCCGUCGCCACCCGCGUGGGCUCGGCCCGUGUGGCCCGCCGCGGCCGCGCCCAGGUCAAGGUCCAGGCCGCGACGAAGAUCUCGAAGACGCCGGUUAAGGCGCCCGAGCUCGAGAAGAUGAACAACACGGACAACCUCCCCAUGAACACCUUCUCGCCGAAGAAGCCCUUCAAGGCCACGAUCAAGUCGGUGGAGAGGAUCGUCGGCCCCAACGCCCCGGGCGAGGUGUGCAACAUCAUCAUCGAGACCAACGGUGACAUCCCCUUCGUCGAGGGCCAGUCCUACGGCGUCAUCCCCCCGGGCACCAAGGUCAACUCGCGCGGCAAGGAGAUGCCGCACGGCACCCGCCUGUACUCGAUCGCCUCGACGCGCUACGGCGACUCGUUCGACGGCCAGACGACGACGCUCUGCGUGCGCCGCGCGCUGUACUACGACCCCGAGACGGGCAAGGAGGACCCCGCGAAGAAGGGCAUCUGCUCCAACUUCCUGUGCGACGCUGCGCCGGGCACGGAGGUGGUCAUGACCGGCCCGACGGGCAAGGUCCUGCUGAUGCCGGACGACCCGAACGCGGUGUGCAUCAUGGUCGCGACGGGCACGGGCAUCGCGCCGUUCCGCGCGUUCUGGCGCCGCAUGUUCUUCGAGGAGGUCCCCGAGUACAAGUAUACGGGCCUGGCCUGGCUCUUCAUGGGCGUGGCGGUGUCGGACGCGAAGCUGUACGACGACGAGCUGCAGCAGGCGCUCGCGACGCACCCGGACCAGUUCCGCGUGGACUACGCCAUCUCGCGCGAGAUGAACAACAAGAAGGGCGGCAAGAUGUACAUCCAGGACAAGAUGGAGGAGUACAGCGACGAGAUCUUCGACCUCCUCAGCAACGGCGCGCACAUCUACUUCUGCGGCCUCAAGGGCAUGAUGCCCGGCAUCCAGGAGAUGCUCGAGCGCGUCGCGGGCGAGAAGGGCCUCGACGCCGGCGAGUUCUUCGAGAAGCUCAAGCACGAGAACCGCUGGCACGUCGAGGUGUACUAG